UUGGCCACUGAUAUGAGCCCCUGCGGGCUUAACGCGAGCCUAGCGGACGAGGCAACUACGUGUGCAACACCCAGGGUCCCCAACACAUCUGCCGCCGUGCUACCAGUAGGCGAUUCCGGCACAUCACCAGCGCUGCCCAUCUUCUCCAUGACCCUGGGUGCAGUGUCCAAUGUGCUGGCGCUGGCAUUGCUGGCACAAGCUGCAGGUCGUCUGCGGCGGCGCCACUCAGCUGCCACCUUUCUGUUGUUCGUUGCCAGCCUGCUGGCCAUCGACCUGGCAGGCCAUGUGAUCCCGGGCGCGCUGGUGCUUCGCCUGUAUGCUGCGGGACGGUCACCUGCUGGCGGGGCCUGUCAUUUCUUGGGAGGCUGCAUGGUCUUCUUCGGUCUGUGCCCACUUUUGCUUGGCUGCGGCAUGGCCGUGGAGCGCUGCGUGGGUGUCACGCAGCCGCUACUCCACGCGGCGCGCGUGUCGGUGGCCCACGGACGCCUGGCACUGGCCACGCUAGCUGCCAUGGCUUUGGCAGUGGCGCUGCUGCCGCUAGCACAUGUGGGUCGCUACGAGCUACAGUACCCUGGCACCUGGUGUUUCAUCAGCCUUGGGCCUGCUGGAGGUUGGCGCCAGGCGUUGCUUGCCGGCCUCUUCGCCGGCCUCGGCCUGGCCGCGCUCCUUGCGGCACUCGUGUGCAAUACACUCAGCGGCCUGGCGCUCCUGCGAGCCCGCUGGAGGCGUCGCCGCUCUCGACGGCUCCGUGAGACCACAGGUCCGGAUGAUCGCCGGCGCUGGGGGUCCCGUGGACCCCGCUUGGCCUCCACUUCAUCUGCCUCUUCCAUCGCUUCAGCCUCCGCCACCCUCCGCAGCUCCCGGGGCGGCAGCUCGGCGCGCAGGGUUCGCGCACACGAUGUGGAGAUGGUGGGCCAGCUCGUGGGCAUCAUGGUGGUGUCGUGCAUCUGCUGGAGCCCUCUGCUGGUGUUGGUGGUGUUGGCCGUCGGGGGCUGGAAUUCUAGCUCCCUGCAGCGGCCACUCUUUCUGGCUGUGCGCCUCGCGUCGUGGAACCAGAUCCUGGACCCAUGGGUGUACAUCCUGCUGCGCCAGGCCGUGCUGCGCCAACUGCUUCGCCUCCUACCCCUGAGGGCCGGUGCUAAGGAUGGCCCAAUGGAGCUGGGCCUAACCAAGAGUGCCUGGGAAGCCAGUUCAUUGCGUAGCUCCCGGCACAGUGGCUUCAGCCACCUCUGAACGUGCCCAGAAGCUAAGCCAAACCACUGUGCAGGGCUCAAGGGUAUAGAGAGCCUCAAACACAGCGAGCCAUGGGCGAUGCAUCCUGUGGGGCGGCAGUACACAGUGACAGCACAUUGGUGCAAGAGGCCCCACCCAGACGAGUACAAUCCUAGCGUUGGCCACGCGGUGGCGCAGACACUCGGGAUGUUCCAAAUAUCGGAGGUGGGAUGGAUCCCCAGGUCAGCAGCUCCAAUAGCAUGCGCACAAUGCUGAGUCCUUAGUUCUGAGAUUGGAGCUGCCCAUAAACGCAGUGAGGUUUUGGAUUCACUUCCCGUCUCAGCUGCCACCACAAUAGACUCUAGCAACCAUUCUGCUCAUUUGGGUCCCUAACUAUCUUAACAGUCUCAACACCCUGUACCCACUCCAGCCUUAAAACCCCAACGCUCUCCAACACAGCCCUGAGCCCUGUCCUCGCUGCCCACUAAUGCAUGUCCCCAGCUUCACCUUUCAAAUGAGCCCCAACACAGUUCCGUCCCUGAGGCUGCCUGCCUCCGUCACCUGCUCCAAGCACACCCCACCCCAGAUUGCACACAGAGGCUGAAAAUGCAUGUAUGGGGUAAACCCCAAAGGCCUUUUUAAAAACCAAGAACUCUUGGGCAAGGCAGGGGCUUGGAGCUAGUAGCCUCCUGCCACAAAGUCGAAAUCCCGGAAGGCCGCCUGCUCGGCAGCUGUGAGGGGCCGGGCAUCCCGGGGUGGGCUCAGCGUGGGCGACUCCCCAGUGAACUCCUCAUCGAAGUUGCUGACAUCUGUGCGCCCCGAAAGCGUAGGCACGAAGGGUGGGGGCAGGCGACGGGCCAGCAGGACGUCCCAGCCCAAAGUCUGUGGAGAAGGGGACAGAGUCAUGAUGGCUGAGGGAAGUCUGGAGACCAGCAAGAAACAGACAAGGUACAGAGGGAUUCCAAUCAGUCAAGGGAGU